AUGGUUGCAUUGUUUUUAUCGAAUAGUUUACGAAAUGUAUGGCCUUUUUCGAUAUUGAGUAGCAAUGACUUGAAGGAAUCUAAGGAGCUUGUUCACAGACUUUCAGUGCCUGAUAGUACUAAGAACUUUGUGUUUGCAAUUAGAGUCCCUGAGCAUGAUUCGACUAUUUACAUACUCUCUGCUCAGAAUUUAUCCGAAAGAUCAGCUAUUGAUGCCGAGUGUCUUAUACGAGAAAUCCGUCCUGAUGCUGUGAUUGCUCAAGUUGAUAAAUCAGCUUUUGGAGAAGCUCAAGUUGAGGAGAGUGUAUUAGGUGAUGGGUCGAGUGAUUCGAUCCCCACGUCGGCUUUUAGAGUUCUUAUACAGUGUUUUGUAGACAAGGUUAACAAGGAAAAGUACGAAAGUGUUGCGGGGAUUUUGGUUUUAAGGGAGAUUUUUGGGACGAGUUUUAAUGGACAUUUAUUGGCUGCUAAAAGGGUUGCUGAGGAAGUUGGUUCAUCGUUUUUGGUGCUUGAAUCUCCUUUUGUCAAGAUCGCUGCCAUGGAUACUUCCUCGGGAGAAAUUGAGUCAGGAGGCAAGAUGAUCCAAGGUCUAGCUAAUAGUCUCAUACCACAAAGCUCUGGCUCUGUUAUAUUUUCAAGCUCGAGAAGGUUUUUGAUAACCAAUGAUGUACAGGCAAAGAUGCUGAAAUUGUUAUCUCCGCAUAUCACUCAGGUCAGUAAAGAGCUUAGCCCAUCGAGUUGUGUCGCCAGUAGAGUUUACAGUGAGAUACCGUCCGAUAGUCAUGAGGUUCCACCAUUUGCUCAAUACAUUUAUUCCUUGCUUGUUGAUCUUCGUGAUAUAUUUCACGAUCUUCCAUCUAUUGGGAAAGCUCUAGUCAAUGCCCGAAAGAUGUUGUCUGAUGUAAAUAGAGGGGAAUCCAUGGAUACAGAGGUUAUUUCUGAAGUUUAUAUUUUCCAGAUCGCAGUUGAAGGUCUACGAAUCGCUUUGAACAAUGCUGGUCGGCUACCCAUUAAGAAUUAUGUGGGAAGUUCAAGCCGAACCGAAGGUCAGUUUUCACAGCUCUCUUCUGAGCACAAAUCUUACGCACUCAUGGCAGAUCUUCUUCGUAGCCAGGCUAAAAAUUUUAAGAACAUAGUAGCAGUAAUAGAUGCAAGUAGUCUCGCAGGACUAAGAAAGCACUGGAGAACUAGUGUUCCUCAAGAAGUCAAAGAUAUGUCUGAGCAUAUGGUACAAAAAUUUGAUGACGACAAGAAGACUAAUGACUCGAAGCUAAAACGAUUGUUGUCUGAUAAGCCCGUGGUAGCAGUUGGUGCAGGUGCAACUGCUAUAUGGGGUGCUUCAUCACUAUCCAAGGCCAUUUCUGCUUCUCCUUUCCUCAAGAUUGUAACUCUUAAAGCCCCGGCUUCAUUGAAUCUGUUCUUGACACAUACCCAUAAAGCAAUGACGUUUGCAUUUACCAAAGCACCGGGUUUUGCUAGUUCUGGAGCCAAAUCAACUUCUUUGGUAAAAGCAUCUUUAUCCGCCGAGAAAAUCAGAGCAGUAACACAGAGUAUUAUAGCUUCUGCUGAAAAGACAAGCUUCUCUGCCAUGAGACUUGCAUUCUAUGAGAUCAUGCGGAAAAGAAGAUUAAAACCUAUCGGUACUUUGCCAUUGGCGACAUUUGGAGCCAGUCUUGCAACUUGUGCGGGAUUGCUUGUCUAUGGAGAUGGGAUCGAAUGUGCAGCUGUGUCUCUUCCUUCAGCUCCUUCGAUUGCAAACUUGGGUCGAGGGGUUCAAAACUUACACGAGGCGUCUCUUGAAGUGAGAAAGAGAGAAGGAAACAGGAUACAGAACGCAAUCGAGUCCCUUAGGCAAAGACUGAAGAAAGUCAAACUUCAGUGA